UAAGGUGGGGAGUUCACCGAAAAGAGUAUGUAUUGUAUUCUCUUGAAAUUGACCCGUUAACAAACAUUAAUCACCACAUUUUCCUGUUUUCAGUCGACCUACAUUUCGAGGACAUCUUUCAAAUCAUCCGCAGAUGGAAAAAAUACAAUCAACAGAAACAUUAGCGUCACAUGAAUCAGGCGCACAGUAUUUAGCAGCUGGUUAUGGCCAGAAAUCCAGAGCCAUGCUCUUGAAGAACGCCAGUGGUAUGGUUGGACGAGCACCAAGUCGUAGCGACAGACCAAGUUCCACCACAUCUCAAAACUGGAAAAGGCAGUACACCUUUAAAUCACAAGCACAGAAACGCAGCGACCGAAUGAUAGAAACGUGGGAUGACUUCUUAGCAUUCUCCACUCAUGGAAGACAACAUAGAGCAAGUGUGGUGCCAACAACAG